UGGGAACCUAUUUCAUACAUCAAAUUAAUCAUAAUUUUCAUUUGCCUUUUUAAAAGAAAGAUUUCCAAAAGGAAAAAAAAAUGGCCAGAAUUUUCUGUCUCCUAUGGUUCCUUGGUCUGAUUUUAUGCUGCUGCUAUGGGUCCCAGACAGACUCAAUAGAAAUCAGUAUGAUCAGCAAUCCUCCUCAAACUUUUAGAACCAAAGUGGAAUUCAAAUGUGAGACUUACACGGAUUCUGGAGUGUUCUGGGUUCUUCAGGAAUUGAAUGGAAAACUCCACUUCAUUACAUAUGUUACAUCAAGAUCUAGAGAGAUAACAGGCACUCUUGAAGGCUACAAGUCUAUAAAAACUGGCAGCUACUAUCAGCUAACUAUUGCCAGCUUUGAGGAGUACCACGAGGGUACCUAUUUUUGUGUGCACCAUCGCAAUCAGAAGCUGCUUUUUAGUUCAGGCAUCCCAGUACACCUGCCAGUGAAAACUACUACUCUGCCUCCUACCACGCUACAGCAAAUUUCAACCACCACCAAAGGACUGAUAAAAGAAGGUAUAAAAUGUCCCAAUUCUACAGACAUAGUAAUGACAAAUACAAAAAGUACAAUGUUCUCCUGUGAACUUUAUAUAUGGGUUCCCCUGGUUGGUGUUUCUCUCCUUCUGCUGAUAACCCUGAUAAUCGUCAUAUCGUUAUGCUGUGGUUCAAGGAGGGGAAGAAGAAAAUGCAAAUGUAUACGGCCAACAAAUGGAACUAAUGGAGCUCACAUGAAAACCAUUCCAAGACAAUAAGUAGGGCUUGCAACUGGAUUUUUCCAUGCACUCUUGCUGUGUUGUAUAAAUCCAGCAUGAUCAACAAAGAGACUCUGAUGUCCUUGUAAUAGUUUCUAUUCAUAUAUUAAGAAUGAAUCUCUUAGAUCAGAUCUUUGAAAUCAUGUGUUGUUAUCUUUUAUCAUUUACUCAUAUCAUUUACUCAGAAAGCAGUUUCUCUGUAAAUUAGCAGGUUAUGAUUUUACUCCUACAUAUUGCCAUGUUACAGAAAUAAAGUCAAUAGUGUAGUUUAGCUAUAAAACAAUAGUUUAGAAAAAAUGUAAUAAUCUUGUGAUACUUAUGGAUAUAAUUAUGAUGGAAAAACUACAAAUUCAGGGAACAUUCAAUAACAUUUAUUCUCUGGGUAGCCAGAUGGAUGGAAGGGAAGCAUUAUCUUAUCUUUCCUCCUACACAUAGGUACAUAUGUAUCAUCCUUGUUGCAGUUGCCUUCUCUUUUUCCGCCCUGGAAGUUUUAAUGUUCAUAACCUGGGAGGAUGGAUGAAGGGAUGUAAACAUGUAUACUCCAAGAAAAUGUUACUUCCCCAAAUUUCUGAAUUAGCCUAUAGAAGGAGCGAAGGGAGAUGAUGUUUUACCACUAGUCAAUGCAAUAAUAUAAUUUAUCCUAUUUUAAGAAGGAUUAGAGUAUAUAGAAGAUCUUCUCUGGGUGUAGUUUCAUAGCAUUUCAAGAUAGAACUGGGGAAUACCUUGUCUGAAAUUUCAAAGCCAGAUAGAAUAGUGAUUUGACUCACUACAGAGCAGUUUUUAAAAAUCUGAUGUAAUCACAAUCAUUCUAUCUAUAGUGGCAGGAAAGAGAAAUAGUUUUGGCUGCACUUGAAAAUCAACCCACCAUUUUAUCACAAUUCCACAGAUCUGUAAUACUUUCAAAAUGAUAUUGUCUGUAUGCUGCAGAGAACAGCUUAAGUUAACUAUUGUAUCUCUUUGUUCAAAGAUAACAUCAAGUUUCAACAGGAAAGCAUGUGAAUCAAAUUAGUGUGUGAUAGAACUCACAGAAAGAAAGAGAAAGAAGAUAAAAUAUAUCUGAGUUUCCCAUUUCUUUAAAAAGUGACUUACCACAAUGCUAGGAAAGCAUUUCAACAGGCUACCAACAUGAUAGUUUGUUUAUUAAAAAUGAAAGCUUCCUGACAUUUCAUUCUACUGAUAUAUCACAGCUGAAAAUGAAAAAGAUCUGUUAGUAACUUCUCAUAUGUAACAGACUAAAUGCACAUGCAUUACAUUUAAAUUUAGGCUUGGCAUGUUUCUUCUUUGGCUCAUGCAUAAUUUUAUAGAAAUCUCAAGAACAUCACU